CACAUCGGAGAUAUGAAUUUUAAUAAAAAAAGGUUUUCUUCUGUCACUUCGAAUGUUUCAAAACAUCAGUCGUUGUUUUGAAUUUCGUCGAAGUUCCACGUGAAUGAGAGAGCCAAAAAAAUCAAAUUUUCAAGUGGCGAAAAAAUGAAAUUAUUUGUCCAGCUAUUGUUGUUUUUAUGGACCUCUAUGGUGGUGGCGGUGGUGUGGUGCCAUGAUGAAAAUCCCGAAGCCUUGAAUCGAAAACAUCUCCAUACCAUUAUGAAUGUUCUGGACAAGUCGUUGGAUCCCUGUACCGAAUUCUAUCAAUAUGUCUGUUCGAAUUGGCUGGAUAAUCACAAGGAGUAUAGUGAUCAAUAUCACACGGUCGGUGAGGCCUUGAAAUUCCAUGGAAAUCUGGAAAUUUUGGAAUAUUUGGAAAAGACACCCGCCGAUAAUAUGCCAGAGUUUGUAAGAGCCCUUAAAACUUUCCAUGGAUCCUGUGUGGAACGUGAAGUAUUUGAGUUAGAGGAAUUAAUGAGGACCAUGGAGAAGGAAGAAAAAAUAACAUGGGCCCUGCUCACACCGCAAGAUGGUGAGCAAGGGUUCAAUUGGCCCUCAACUUUGGCCCAGUUCCGCAAAUAUGGUUUCAAUGAUAUGUUUGUAAGCUACUCCCGCAAAUUUCAAGAUGCCACUACUGGCGUGACCUACUUAAAUCGUCCCGAUUAUGAGGAGAAAUUCAAUUACCUAAAUUCCUAUCAACUGAAUGGCUAUAAUGAGAGUAUCCCUCUGCCCGAGGGCACCAUGAGUUUUGAGGAACUCUGGAAAUUGGUGGAUCGCUUUGAAGAUAAAUUGCGAGAAAUUCCAAGGGAAAAUGUAGAAGCCAGACAAUUUAAGUUCCAUGAAUUACCCUAUGACUGGUUAGGGGGAUACCUAACAUCCCUAAUGCAUCCCCAGGCUGUGGAUGAAAAUAUGGUCAUUAGCAUCGAUAAUGUGGCCUACAUGGAGGCCCUGGAUAAACUAUUAAAGGAAUACGAUCAAGGAUUCCUAUGUCGUUAUUUGGAAUUACGUUUCCUAAACUACAUGGAAAUGGCCAAUAAACGCCAUUCCAGCCACGAAUGUUUGACCACCGGGACAAGUUUUAUGCCUCUGGCCGGUGAAUGGAUCUAUGGACAACUACAUCCCAAGAUAGCCUCUGAAAUACCCAAAAUCCAACAAAUGUUUGAGAAUACCGUGCGAAAUAUUAACAAAACCCUGUAUGGGACCAAAAGUCCAUUGAUACCCAAGGAGUUCUUCAGGCAGUUAGAGACCAUGCAGCUAAAGAUUGGCAUGUUGCCCGAAGGAAAUCACAAGGAACUUUUGGAGAACUAUUAUUCGGGUUUAAAACUACAAUCCCAUGAUUAUUAUGGAAAUUAUUUGAAAUUACUGGAAUUCCAUUAUCAAUUGGAGAAUGCGGAAAAUCGCAAGGAAUUUAAAUAUGAUGCCGAAAUUGCACCCAUCUAUGUCGAAACUUCAAAUACUUUGCAGCUACCUUUGGGUCUGCUCCGACCACCGGUAUAUCAUGCAGCCUUUGAGGAUAUUUUCAAGCAAAGUUCCCUGGCCCAUCUCAUGGCCAUGGGUAUUUUUGAAGCAUUCCCCGUGGAAGAAAAUGGGGGACUUGAUGCCAAUCAUGUGCAAAAAAUAGCCGGCCUCACAAGUCUACACUCAGCAUUUGAGAUAUUUUUCUCUUCAGCCCAGCCUGAGGAGAUCUUGCGCUAUCAGACAUUGUUCCAGCUGACAUCCCUCGAGCAAAUCAAACAAAUCUUCUUCAUUAAUGCCAUACACCAGCAAUGCGAAUGGUAUUUCAACAAUGUGGAACGGGUCAAUUUUGUUAUCAAUAAUUUGUCCGAUUUCAUUGAGACAUUCGAUUGUAAAUUCAAUGGUUUGAUAAAAAUGUUUUGAAAUAGAAAUUAGGAUUUUGAAAAAAAUUUAAUUUAAAAAAAGUUAAAAUAUUUUUUAAAAAAAAAAA